GUCUCUCUGGCAGCAGGCGGCGGAGCCGCGCCUGAGCUCGCAUUCCUUAGAAGCGCCGGGAGCCCACGGGGCUACGUCACCCCCGGCUCCGCCCCCGUCCCUCCCCGAGCAAAGUAACUCUUGACUAACAGGAGCAGCCUUCGCGAAGCAUGGAGAGCUGCCGCCACGGCCAGCUACCAACGAGGGCGACGCUUUCGCCACGGAGGUAGUUUGGCAUCCGCCAAGAAGGGAAAAGUGUCCGAGGGUGACUGCCGACUCUUCGCGCUCACCCUUCGAGGUCCGAUCGCCUCCUCUGUCGUGGAUUUCGCUGCGAUCUCUCCCGGCAGCUCUUUGCAAAGCUGCUUGAAACUUCUCCCAAAGUCGACAUGGAUACAACGGUUGUAGCGCUCCCUGCUUUUAUGGCGCUCUUACUCUUCUCACCGUGGUCUCUCCUGGGGUCUGCCCAAGGCCAGUUCUCCGCAGGUGGCUGUACUUUUGAUGAUGGUCCAGGGGCCUGUGAUUACCAUCAGGAUCUAUAUGAUGACUUUGAAUGGGUGCAUGUUAGUGCUCAAGAGCCUCAUUAUCUGCCUCCUGAAAUGCCACAAGGUUCCUAUAUGAUAGUGGAUUCUUCAGAUCAUGAUCCUGGAGAAAAAGCCAGACUUCAGCUGCCUACAAUGAAGGAGAAUGACACUCACUGCAUUGAUUUCAGUUACCUGCUAUAUAGCCAGAAAGGGCUGAAUCCUGGCACUUUGAACAUCUUAGUUAGGGUGAACAAAGGACCUCUGGCCAAUCCAAUUUGGAAUGUGACUGGUUUUACGGGUAGAGAUUGGCUCCGGGCUGAGCUAGCAGUGAGCACCUUUUGGCCCAAUGAAUAUCAGGUAAUAUUUGAAGCUGAAGUCUCAGGAGGGAGAAGUGGUUAUAUUGCCAUUGAUGACAUCCAAGUACUGAGUUAUCCAUGUGAUAAAUCUCCCCAUUUUCUUCGUCUGGGGGAUGUAGAGGUCAAUGCAGGGCAGAAUGCUACAUUUCAGUGCAUCGCUACAGGGAGAGAUGCUGUACAUAACAAAUUAUGGCUGCAGAGGCGGAAUGGAGAAGAUAUACCUGUGGCCCAGACUAAGAACAUCAAUCAUCGGAGAUUUGCUGCUUCCUUUAGAUUGCAAGAAGUGACAAAAACUGACCAGGAUUUGUACCGCUGUGUAACUCAGUCCGAGCGAGGAUCUGGGGUGUCCAAUUUUGCUCAACUGAUUGUCAGAGAACCACCAAGACCCAUUGCUCCUCCCCAGCUGCUUGGUGUUGGGCCAACAUAUUUGCUGAUACAACUAAAUGCCAACUCUAUUAUUGGAGAUGGCCCCAUUAUCCUGAAAGAAGUGGAGUACCGAAUGACAUCAGGAUCUUGGACAGAAACCCAUGCAGUCAACGCUCCAACUUACAAAUUGUGGCAUUUGGAUCCAGAUACUGAAUAUGAGAUCCGCGUUCUACUUACGAGACCAGGUGAAGGUGGAACAGGGCUUCCAGGACCUCCACUAAUUACCAGAACCAAAUGUGCAGAACCUAUGAGAACUCCAAAGACUUUAAAGAUUGCAGAGAUACAGGCAAGACGUAUUGCUGUGGAUUGGGAAUCCUUGGGAUACAACAUAACUCGUUGCCACACAUUUAAUGUCACUAUCUGCUACCAUUACUUUCGUGGCCACAAUGAGAGCAAGGCAGACUGUUUAGACAUGGACCCAAAAGCUCCUCAGCAUGUUGUGAACCACCUGCCACCUUAUACAAAUGUCAGCCUCAAGAUGAUCCUAACCAAUCCAGAAGGGAGGAAAGAGAGUGAAGAGACAAUCAUUCAAACUGAUGAAGAUGUGCCUGGCCCUGUACCAGUCAACUCCCUUAGAGGAACAUCCUUUGAAAAUAAGAUCUUCUUGAACUGGAAGGAACCUUUGGAUCCAAAUGGAAUUAUCACGCAGUAUGAGGUCAGCUAUAGCAGCAUAAGGUCAUUUGAUCCUGCAGUUCCAGUGGCUGGACCACCCCAGACUGUAUCUAAUUUAUGGAAUAGUACACACCACGUGUUUAUGCAUCUUCACCCAGGGACCACCUACCAGUUUUUCAUAAGAGCCAGCACAGUCAAAGGCUUUGGACCAGCUACAGCCAUCAAUGUGACCACCAAUAUCUCAGCUCCAACUUUACCUGACUAUGAAGGAAUUGAUGCCUCUCUCAAUGAAACUGCCACCACAAUUACUGUAUUACUGAGACCAGCACAAGCCAAAGGUGCACCUAUCAGUGCUUAUCAGAUUGUUGUGGAAGAGCUGCACCCUCACCGAACUAAGAGAGAAGCUGGGGCAAUGGAAUGCUACCAGGUUCCUAUCACAUACCAAAAUGCCAUGAGUGGGGGAGCACCAUACUAUUUUGCUGCAGAACUACCUCCAGGGAAUCUACCUGAACCUGCCCCAUUUACUGUGGGGGACAAUAGGACAUACCAGGGAUUUUGGAACCCACCUCUGGCUCCACGCAAAGGGUAUAACAUCUAUUUCCAGGCAAUGAGCAGUGUGGAGAAGGAAACCAAAACCCAGUGUGUACGAAUUGCUACAAAAGCAGCAGCAACAGAAGAACCAGAAGUGAUUCCAGACCCAGCCAAGCAGACAGAUAGAGUGGUGAAAAUAGCAGGAAUUAGUGCUGGGAUUUUGGUGUUUAUCCUCCUCCUCCUAGUUGUCGUAUUAAUUGUAAAAAAGAGCAAGCUUGCUAAAAAACGCAAAGAUGCUAUGGGGAACACUCGGCAGGAGAUGACUCACAUGGUAAAUGCUAUGGAUCGAAGUUAUGCUGAUCAGAGCACUCUGCAUGCAGAAGAUCCCCUUUCCAUCACCUUCAUGGACCAACACAAUUUUAGUCCAAGAUAUGAGAACCACAGUGCUCCAGCAGAAUCCAGUCGUCUUCUAGAUGUGCCUCGCUACCUCUGUGAGGGGACAGAAUCCCCUUACCAGACAGGACAGCUGCACCCGGCCAUCAGAGUAGCUGACUUGCUGCAGCACAUUAAUCUCAUGAAGACAUCAGACAGCUAUGGGUUCAAAGAGGAAUACGAGAGCUUCUUUGAAGGACAAUCGGCAUCUUGGGAUGUAGCUAAAAAAGACCAAAACAGAGCAAAAAACCGAUAUGGAAACAUUAUAGCAUAUGAUCACUCCAGGGUAAUCUUGCAACCUGUUGAGGAUGAUCCAUCUUCAGAUUACAUUAAUGCCAACUAUAUAGAUAUUUGGCUGUACAGGGAUGGCUAUCAGAGACCAAGCCACUACAUUGCAACCCAAGGUCCAGUUCAUGAAACAGUAUAUGAUUUCUGGAGAAUGGUUUGGCAAGAACAAUCUGCCUGCAUUGUGAUGGUUACAAAUUUAGUUGAGGUUGGACGGGUAAAGUGCUAUAAAUAUUGGCCUGAUGACACUGAAGUGUAUGCUGACUUCAAAGUCACGUGUGUAGAAAUGGAGCCACUUGCUGAAUAUGUCGUUAGGACAUUCACCCUCGAAAGGAGAGGAUACAAUGAAAUCCGUGAGGUUAAACAGUUCCAUUUCACUGGCUGGCCUGACCAUGGAGUUCCAUACCAUGCUACGGGCCUUCUUUCCUUUAUCCGGCGAGUCAAGCUGUCAAACCCUCCCAGUGCAGGCCCCAUUGUUGUGCACUGCAGUGCUGGUGCUGGUCGGACUGGCUGUUAUAUUGUGAUUGACAUCAUGCUGGACAUGGCUGAAAGAGAAGGGGUUGUUGACAUCUACAAUUGUGUCAAAGCCUUAAGAUCUCGCCGAAUCAAUAUGGUCCAGACAGAGGAACAGUAUAUUUUUAUUCAUGAUGCCAUUUUAGAAGCUUGCUUAUGUGGAGAAACUGCCAUACCUGUCUGUGAAUUUAAAGCUGCAUAUUUUGAUAUGAUUAGAAUAGACUCCCAGACCAACUCUUCACAUCUCAAAGAUGAAUUUCAGACCUUGAAUUCAGUCACUCCUCGACUCCAAGCUGAAGACUGCAGCAUAGCAUGCCUGCCAAGGAACCAUGACAAGAAUCGUUUCAUGGACAUGCUGCCACCUGACAGAUGUCUGCCUUUUUUAAUUACAAUUGAUGGGGAGAGCAGUAACUACAUCAAUGCUGCUCUGAUGGAUAGCUACAGGCAACCAGCUGCUUUCAUCGUCACUCAAUACCCUCUGCCAAACACUGUGAAAGACUUCUGGAGAUUAGUAUAUGAUUAUGGCUGCACUUCCAUUGUGAUGUUAAAUGAAGUCGACUUGUCCCAGGGCUGCCCUCAGUAUUGGCCUGAAGAAGGGAUGCUGCGAUAUGGCCCUAUCCAAGUGGAAUGUAUGUCUUGUUCAAUGGAUUGUGAUGUGAUCAACAGGAUUUUUAGGAUAUGCAAUCUAACAAGACCACAAGAAGGUUAUCUGAUGGUGCAGCAGUUUCAGUAUUUAGGGUGGUCUUCUCACAGAGAAGUGCCUGGCUCUAAACGGUCAUUCUUGAAACUGAUACUCCAAGUAGAAAAAUGGCAGGAAGAAUGCGAGGAAGGGGAAGGCAGAACCAUCAUCCACUGCCUAAAUGGUGGUGGACGGAGUGGCAUGUUCUGUGCUAUAGGCAUUGUUGUUGAAAUGGUCAAACGGCAAAAUGUCGUUGAUGUUUUCCAUGCAGUAAAGACAUUAAGGAACAGCAAGCCAAACAUGGUGGAAGCCCCGGAGCAGUACCGUUUUUGUUAUGACGUAGCUUUGGAGUACCUGGAAUCAUCUUAGUUGGGUGAGACUUUCGAAAGCUCAUCCAAGAAGAAACCUGUUAAUCCAUUGAGCCAGCAGUUGUACCUGUUAUGCCGGUGCAGAAAGAUUUUAAUGUGGGGGGUGGGGGACACUUUUACAUUCAAGAAGUAAAAGUAUUUUUCUUAUGAAGUUGUGUAUCUUAAUAAAAAGGACUGAAUUAGUUUCUAUUACUGUAUUAUAGCAUCAACAUUUUGUGCCACAGAAAUUAUAUUUAAUAAGAACCAGAUUCAAAUACCACUUGGUCAAAUGAGAACUUCUCAGUGUUUGUACAGUGAAUGUCCAGCCUUUGCUCCCCUGGUUUCAGCAAAGCAACUACCACAUGUUGCAUGAAUCAGUACUUCCCAUGUGGCAUUUCUCUCUCUUUUUUUCAGAUAAAAGAUGUUCAGUCUCAAAGAAGAAAAGCUGUACACAUUCAUAGUAAAUUUCAUUUUUUUUAUGUUUCAAGUGUAGCAGAUCUCUAUAUAAAUAUAUAAAUAUAUAUAACUGGCUUAUUUUCUGUUGAUGUGCAAUGAUGGCUGGAUCAUUUAAAGUUCUUUCCACAUAAGCCAAAGAUUCAAGUGUAAAUAUGUCUAUAUGGAGAAAGCACAUUAUAUUUAUUGGUUACUCACAUUCCUUUCUGAUGGUUAAAAAAACUACCACCAUACAAUCAUUUUUCUCUCCCCACCCCCAAGAAAACUUUUUUCUUUAGCUAAAAUUAACUGUAAACGGUUUUUGUAGAUUGAUUUUUUGGUAUGUUUUAGUGUAAGUAGAGGGCAAACUUUUUAUUAAUAAACCAAGAAGCAAUGGUCUUUAUAGUAACUUUCUUGUGCAUAUACCUGUGUAUUAAAUUUCUGUAAGACACCUUGGCCAUUGGGUCUUUUAAUAUAGGACCAAAUUAAAACAUUUGCUGAAAAUGUCUAGUUUUUCAUUGUUUCAUUUAGGUAGAUAAUAGUUUGAUGAUCACAUAUAAUAAAUGCACACAUUCAAAGGCCUUGCUGAUAACUGAAUUACACAAUGUUGAACAUAGCUUUUAAGCAUUGUUUAAAUUUUUAAGGAAUCAGUCUUUUCAAUCUGUGGUCAAGCACUGGUCAAGAAAACCAGAUGGCAACAUUUAUGCUUUCAGGGUCAAGUUUUAGCAAACUGUAAACUCUUAGGUGAUAAAAUGUUUCUUUUGAUGUUUACAUGCACAAGCUUUGGUUUCCGACCAUUGCAAGUGUGAAGAAACAAUACUAGAUUACUGUUUUGUGCAUUGUCAUGGGAUUCUCAAGUGAACCUUCCUACAUGUGGUCUUGUUCACAUGUUCCAUGUAGCUGUAACUUCACAUCAUCAGCUUGCAGUUUGUUAUUGACUAAAGCAUUCCAAUAUCCUCCUUCUAGAUUGCCAGUACAUGACAUGGUGCUUAUAAAGAUUUAAUUAAAGUAGGAGUGAAAUAAAGUUUUAUAAUUAUGAUAGUUA